AUGGCUGCUUGUAUUGACACUUCAAGAACUGGCUCACCCCAAAACAAGCCACUUUCUCGGGAUCCAAACAGGUCCAAAACGGACGAAGAUCCGUACCAGUUCAUGAGAUUCUGCCGUGUCAAUUUCUCAGAUCAAGUUUCUUGCCUACCCAUUUGCCAGAAUCGCACAAAAACCACACAUACACGCAGAAUCCUGGACGAUCUUGAGCAAGAUGAAGACAAGGACGAUGGGCUAUGGCUGCAAAUGCAAGAUGAAGCUCGGGCAGAUAUUAAUCAAGAACCCAUGUUGUCAAGUUUCAUUUACGCUUCAAUUUUGGCACAUGCAUCUCUAGAAAGUGCCUUAGCCAAUCAUCUGUCUGUCAAACUGAGCAAUUCUAGUCUCUCUCUUGGUACUCUAGUUGAUAUUUUCAUGGGGGUGCUCACAGAGGAUCAAGAAGUCAUCAAGGCCGUGAAGGAUGAUCUAAGGGCAGUGAAAGAGAGGGACCCAGCUUGCGGCAGGACGGUCUUGGCCUUGUUGAUCCAGAACAGGGUAUCUGAGGUUUUUGCGGUGGAUAUUCAUCCCGGGGCGAAAAUCGGACAUGGGAUUUUGCUCGAUCACGCUACCGGAGUUGUUGUCGGUGAGACGGCGGUGAUCGGAAACAAUGUGUCAAUUUUGCACAAUGUGACCUUGGGAGGGACUGGAAAGGCCUCAGGGGACAGGCACCCAAAGAUUGGUGAUGGGGUGCUUAUUGGGGCAGGGACUUGUAUUUUGGGCAACAUCAAAAUUGGUGAAGGGGCAAAGAUUGGGGCUUGUUCUGUGGUUCUAAAGGAAGUGCCUCCAAGGACUACUGCAGUUGGGAACCCAGCUAGGCUGCUUGGAGGGAAAGAAAAUCCAAUCAAGCAUGACAAGAUUCCUAGCUACACCAUGGACCAUACUUACAACAUGUCUGAGUGGUCUGAUUAUGUUAUUUAG